GCGAUCGACAUCGAGACAUGGACCGUGGCGGCGCUCGAGUCGCUGCGGAUCGGGCCUUCUCGUCGCACCGGCAGCGUCUUGUCGAUCCCGCUGGACGACGAGGCUGAUGGCGCCAGGACUGAGGCGACCGCCCCGCGGAUGAAGCUGCGCAAUGUGGCCGUCGAUGUCGCUGCGGCACGCCGCCCGGCGGCGCCCGCUCGCCGCGAGACCCUGGCGCUCAAGGGAAAGGAGGGCAGCCGGCACCGACGACGGUGGGAGAAUGACCAUCUCCUCCACGUGCCCAACGUGCAACCGCCGCUGCCGAGCGACUUCGAGGUCCGCCCCACGCACCCCGUGCACGGCACCGUGCCGUACGAGCUGGCCAAGUUCUGGGACAAGGGCCUACGCGAGCGCGUCGAGGAGCGCAAGGCCGCGUUUGCCGCGCACCGCAAGAAGGCCACUCUUAUCGCUGCAGCCGCUGCUGGAACUGGAACUAGAACUGGAACUGGAACAACGGAGGCCGCGGUGCCUGCCGACGUCGGCAAGGUGCCCAGGGACCUGCGCGCCAAGGCCAAGCGCACCCCCGCCGUCAAGUCGUGGCUGCGCGUACUCGAGGAGCCCGUCCGCCAAUUCAUGGUCGAUCGCGGACUCGUGGCUCGCCCCGCGCCGGAACUCGAGGUCGAGGCUGUUGCAGCUGAGUCGGAGUCCGAGACGGACUCGAGCGACGAGGAAAUCGUAUUUGUCGGCCGCAACGGCGCCACCAUGCGCGACGGCAAACCUCAGCAGCAGCAGCAGCAGCAGAGCGAGCGGGAUCAGCAGGACGCCAAGUCCCCGGGAAUGCUGCUUGACACGCUGGGAGAGGACGAGAGCGGAACGUCGUUCAAGCGAUGGCUGAGUCACCUCAUCUCCGAGUACUACGGGCUCGACUCCAAGUCGGUCACGGUGGGCAACCCCGCGCGCCGUGUCGUCUACGUCGGCAUCAAGCAGCUCAGCUCCGCGCACCAUCGUCGCGGCUACCCCCUGUCGAUCCUGUCGGCCCUGCCGCCGCCGCUGUGGGAGAUG